UUAACUGUUAAAAAGAACACUAAACAAAAGCACAGGCUUGGGAUGGAGGCAUCAGGGGACUAAGGCAGGUGACCAGUACCCCCCUGGCUCUUGUCACAUCUUUUCCUACCUCUCCAGAGUGGCAAAUUACCUGCAAAUACCUUGGCAACCAUCACUGCCUGCCCACAGGCUAUUCUUUCCUCUUCUGUGUUUACUCUGCACCUCCUGCAUACUUCUGCAAGCCACAGCGGGGGCAAUUAUUUGUUUACCUAUGUGUACUUAACCCGUGGCUAGCACAGAGUAGGGGUGGAACCAGUGCUGCCUGCACAGCACUGUUCUCGCAAGGCUACAAACCCGCGAGCCCAGCACGGAGCUGGUCUGAGAAGCAGGACACACCCUGAGCCCGCAGAUCCUGCCCCUCCCGAGUCUGGGCGCCAGGCCCGCCCGCCGCGCUUCCUCUUUCCUCUCCCCAGGCGGCGCACACCGCCGGCUCUCAGGGUUUGCGCCUCCUCCUGCCGGAGAGGGAGGGAGGCCGGGCAGCCUCAGCCCCUCACCCCGAGCGCUCGCCCCGCCUCUCGGGCCCCGAUCCGGACUGGCCGCGCCGGCAUGGAGGUGGAGGAGGCGUUCCAGGCGGUGGGCGAGAUGGGCAUCUACCAGAUGUACUUGUGCUUCCUGCUGGCCGUGCUGCUGCAGCUCUACGUAGCCACAGAGGCCAUCCUCAUUGCCCUGAUCGGAGCCACACCAUCCUACCACUGGGACUUGGCUGAUCUCCUGACCAACCAGAGCCACAGCAACCAGUCAGCUGGCAAAGACCAGGCGUUUGGGGACUGGCUCCUGACAGCCAACGGUAGUGAGAUCCACAAGCAUGUGCAUUUCAGCGGCAGCUUCACCUCCAUCGCCUCUGAGUGGUUUUUAAUUGCCAACAGAUCUUACAAAGUUAGUGCAGCCAGCUCCUUCUUCUUCAGUGGCGUGUUUGUUGGCGUCAUCUCUUUUGGUCAGCUGUCGGACCGCUUUGGAAGGAAAAAAGUCUAUCUCACAGGUUUUGCUCUUGACAUCUUAUUUGCUAUUGCAAAUGGAUUUUCCCCCUCGUAUGAGUUCUUUACAGUAACCCGCUUCUUGGUGGGCAUGAUGAAUGGAGGGAUGUCGCUGGUGGCCUUUGUCCUGCUGAAUGAAUGCGUGGGCGCCGCCUACUGGGCUCUGGCAGGAUCCAUUGGUGGCCUCUUCUUUGCAAUUGGCAUUGCCCAGUAUGCCCUGUUAGGAUACUUCAUUCGCUCCUGGAGGACUCUGGCCGUUCUGGUUAACCUACAGGGAACAAUGGUCUUUCUUUUAUCUUUAUUCAUUCCUGAAUCACCUCGUUGGUUAUACUCCCAGGGUCGACUGAGUGAGGCGGAAGAGACACUCUACCUCAUUGCCAAGAGGAACCGCAAGCUAAAGGGCACAUUCUCACUAACACAUCCGGCCAACAGGAGCUACAAGGAGACCGGAAGUUUCUUGGAUCUGUUCCGGUACCGGAUCCUCUUAGGACACACUCUGAUCCUGAUGUUCAUCUGGUUCGUGUGCAGCUUGGUGUAUUAUGGCCUCACUCUGAGUGCAGGUGACCUAGGUGGAAAUAUUUAUGGCAACCUGGCGCUGUCUGGCCUCGUAGAGAUUCCAUCCUACCCGCUCUGCAUCUACUUGAUUAACCAGAAAUGGUUUGGUCGGAAGCGGACUUUAGCAGCAUUUCUAUGUCUAGGAGGCCUGGCCUGUCUUAUUGUAAUGUUUCUUCCAGAGAAGAAAGACACAGGUGUGUUUGGGGUGGUGAACAGCCGCUCCCUGUCCUUGCUGGGGAAGCUGACCAUCAGUGCUGCCUUUAACAUCGUUUACAUCUACACCUCUGAGCUCUACCCAACCAUCAUCAGGAACGUUGGGCUUGGAACCUGUUCCAUGUUCUCCAGAGUUGGUGGGAUUAUUGCUCCCUUCAUCCCCUCACUGAAAUAUGUGCAGUGGUCUUUACCCUUCGUUGUAUUUGGAGCCACCGGCCUGACCUCGGGCCUCCUGAGUUUGUUGUUGCCAGAAACUCUUAAUAGCCCAUUGCUAGAGACAUUUGCUGACCUUCAAGUGUACUCCUAUCGGAGGCUGGGGAAGGAAGCCAUGUCUUUGCAGACCUUGGAUGCAUUGCAGCCUGUGGACAAUGAGAGGACUUUAGAGAGUGACAGUGAGGAGGAAGAAGAGUUUUACGAUGCAGACGAAGAGACUCAGAUGAUCAAGUGAGGAGCUCCAGCUCCCUGAUCCAAACCAAAGGACCAUCGUUUCUGCCUGUGACCAAGGCAGGUUCUCCCAUGAGUCCUUGAAGAGCUGAGGAAGACAGAUUUGGCUCCAACAUACACAGGCGGUACUCGGCACGGGCUGAUUUUUGUUAAAGUACAAAGGAAGCUGGAGAAGAGAUUUCAUCAGAGAAGCAUCACUGCACUGAGGGACAAGUUCUUAACUUCUCCACCAUGGAAGUUCAGCUCAGAAUCUUGACCUCUGGCCACAAAUCUCUGGUCUACAUUCACAGGCAGGAGCCUGAUUUGUGUUCACAAGUUUGAUGGCAUUGCUUUUCUUUGUGAUCUAGAAGCAGAUAAGUAAAACUUCUCACCAUUUUAGUGGGAUUGAAUAAACUGUUCUUAAAAUUGAAACUUCAUAUGUGUGACAUCUGCCCUCUACCACUUGGUCGUGCUCACCAGGAAAUCUUCAGGUGCAGGUUGGUGUCAGCAUUUAAUUUUCAUUGAAAGAACUGUUCUCAGAGCCCAGUCAGUGUCCACGGUCCUCCACCUUUACCCCAGCUGCUGACACCAAGCCCUCAGUUUGUUUUCCCGUCUGUUGGUUGACCUGGCUUCUUUCUGUUCAGUCCUAGAGAUGAUUCACUACUAAGAACCAGAACAAUUUACUAGAGGCAGAGGUGUGGCUGUGGCCUGGUAGCCACCUUUAAUGCUUAAAUCAUGUGAUUUCUUCAGUUCCCAGUUAUAAGCACCUCCAGGAAAAUUUCCUUCUGAGAGUCUAGUACAGCAAUAACUUCAAAGCCUGCACUGUAAACAAUAAAGCUUUAUAAAUGUAGAGAGCAGUUAAAAGUGACGCAUAGAACUCUUAAGGUGUUAAAAAAAAUGCAGUGUUUAAUAAGGGGACAAAAAAAUUAUCUUAGAUGAUUUUUUAUUUGUUUUACUUUCAGUGUUGUACAAGAAAGGACUUGGGCAACACUGAAGAACUUGUACUCCUCUUGCCCUAAAUCAGCCCCUACUUGGUUAGGCAGAAUGGAAGUCACAGGCAUUUCUUAGGAAAUGUUGAGUUUUUUAAUUAAUGCAUUAUGAUUUACAUAUGAAUCAAAAUCUUACUUAGACUCUUAAAAUCAUGGUCUGAAAAUAUCUAUUUCUGCAUGAAACUCAAAUACUGUCUCAGGAAGCAUAAAACUAGGAGUCAGCAAGCCUGGGCAGCAUUGUUUGAGGUCACUUUCCCAAUGAGGAAAAUGUCUGUUUUCAAAAUUUCCAUUUCUAUUAAGCUCUUGGAUAAUGAGACAUUGAGAGGUAAAGGGAAGGUGUCACUUGGCUGCUUCUGGAAAUCUUAGGGGUGCCCCUUCUAAUUGGCUCCGUACACAGCUCUGCUCUGUUCCCUUCCAUAUUGACAUCUCGGUUUGCACUACACCCAUUGUACCUUGGUAUUUGUUAAAAUAUGUUUAUGUCCUUUAUGCGUUUGAUUGUGUACUGGGCUGUUCAGAAACGGCAGCCAUUUUGACUACUCCCUGUUUCUCCUUGCCGUGCCCAGAAUGCUGGCCUAGACAUAAUGAGGACCUAAGAAAUAUUACUGUUUUUAACCAUAAAGGAGAUGGUGGCACUCCUCCAAAUAUCAUUUUUGCAAACCCCACACAAAUCUGACCCACACCCCAAGCUGUGAAACUCUCCUUAUUUUUCUCUGAAAAAUGGAGAUCUCCCCACCACUGGGAGAGGAAGUAAAGAAGAACUUACAGGGGCACUUAAGUUUUUGUUAAAUGGCCAAGUAUUGAAAAUAAAAUGAAAAUAAAAUAAAAUGAUGAACUAAUGUAUGUAUAA